AUGAAGCUGCUCAUCUUAGCCUGUUUGCUGGGACUUGCUCUGGGCCAUGAGGUGUAUACGUACUACACGCCAUCCUAUGGGUACUACGGGUAUCCUACGACCUAUGCCAGGACCUCGGCGGUGCUACCUUUGGCCUAUUCCCGGCUAAUUGCUCCGGCUGCCGAGCAGUCGCAUCUUUAUCACAGCGUCGAGACCCCGAACUCCUUCCAGCAACAGUAUCGCAGUGACUACAAACCCCUGACCUACGAGUACCUCUACUAG